AUGGCGACAUCUUCAACCCCGAUUGAUGAUUCCUUUCAACUUUUUGAUCUCCGUGUCGAAGUUAUCUGUCCUCCCUCUUCCAAAAUCCUGUGUGGUGCCAAGGAAGGUGAUCAUUUUACUCUCGAGGGAGAAAUGUUAUAUUUACCACCUGGGCAAGGAAUUAGCAUUUACAGUUUAUCAUCGGUUCUCCCUCUACUAGCAGCAAAGCAACGCUUCACUCAUUCCAACGAUUGGAUGACCACAGACGGACUGAUAGCAUGUCCAGAUCCUAAUUGUGGGAGUCAGUUGAAGAUCACCAGAAAGGGAAUCAGAACGUUCAAGCAUGGGGAGACUACGGUCGUGGGAUUGGAGGGUAACGUUUGAGAGAUGUUGAGUUAAAAAAUGUGUGUACAGCCAAGAACCACAGGAAAAAUAACUUGGUCUUACAAUAGAAAAUUCACUUUCCUAGGUGGUUAGCCGAAGGAGGGGGUCGUCAAUGAAUCUUUAGACAAGAACUUAAAUAAUUUGCCAAUUAGCAAGAAGUAGUAGCAUAAAUAGUCGAGGAAGCCUGCGUUGGGCAUAAACGACAUGAUUAAUACGAAAAUGUGCUAUUGUCUCUUAAUCUUCAAGACCAAUCGGGAAAGUUCUACCCUCUCCCCUGAUUGCCUUCUAUGGGAGCAUCUAGGAAGAAGCGACAAAGCAUUGAGUGUUUUGAGUAUUCAAUGACGCAGCUUGCUAGUU